AGUCACGCUGGUCUGACGGGCCACGGUCUGACUGGCUGUAACUCCGUUCUAACACAGUGAUGUCAUUUUGGCCUUCUAAAACAAAGGACUACAAAGAGCUCAUUCAAUGCCCGGGAAGAUGGGGGGGGGGGGGGGGAGGAGGAUGAGCUUCGGGCAUGCGCAGAAGAUACAGCAGUCUCCAGACUACGACUCCCAGAAGGACUUGCUCUCCCAAAGGCAUUUUCUGAGCCCUGGGUUUCAGAACUGGCACUUGCUUUCAAAGUCACUUCCCUACAGCCUCUCUCACCUCUUCUAUGCUUCCAGCACUUAUAACAGGGUGAGCAGCAGCCCAGAGCAGAUGCGGAGGGGCGAGGAACCUGGAGCCUCAGGGGCUGACCUGGGAGCAUACAAGUGAACACACAAACAGGGUGAAGGAAGCCGUACUGAAGCUGCGUGUUCCUGCCAGGGCGCAUGCGCAGAGAUGACCUCGGCCUCUCGUGGCCUCCGCUCUGCCCCCGAGGAGGAGACUAUGGCCCCCGGACUGACGGCCAGGCCCGGCCAGGAAUCAGUGACAUUGCAGGAUGUGACUGUGGAAUUCACCUGGGAGGAGUGGAUGCACUUGAACCCAUCUCAGAAGAAGUUGUACAGGGAGGUGAUGCUGGAGAACUAUAGGAACUUAGUCUCGUUGGGAUUUGCAGUUUCAAAACCAGAUGAGAUUUACCUGUUGGAAAGAAAGGAAACAUUCUGGAUGCCAGAGGCAGAUAAUCCAAAAAGCAGCUGCCCAGGAAGUAAACACUUUACUGAAGAGAAAUCUUAUGAAUGUCAUGAAUGUGGGAAGGGAUUCAGGAGUAAGACACAACUUACUGUGCAUCAGAGUAUUCAUACAAGAAAGAUUCUUUAUGAAUGUAAGGAGUGUGGAAAGGCUUUCAUCUACAAAUCAGAACUUGGUCUACACCAGAGAAUUCACACUGGAGAGAAACCUUAUGAAUGUAGUGAAUGUGGGAAGGCCUUCAAUAGGAAGUCAUAUCUUACUGAACAUCAGAGAAUUCAUAUUGGACAGAAACUUUACAAAUGUAGUGACUGUGGGAAGGGCUUUAAUAGGAAAUCACAUCUUACUGAUCAUCAGAGAAUUCAUAGUGGAGAGAAUCACUAUGAAUGUAAGGAAUGUGGGAAGGCUUUCCCUGUAAAGUCAUAUCUUAGAAAACAUCAAAGAAAUCAUAGAGCAGAGAAACCUUAUGAAUGUAGUGUUUGUGGGAAGGCCUUUAGGGUUAAGGAAUAUCUUACUGUGCAUCAGCGAAUUCAUUCUGGAGAGAAACCUUAUGAAUGUAGUGAAUGUGGGAAGGCCUUCAAUAGGAAGUCACAUCUUACUGUACAUCAGAGAAUUCAUAUUGAACAGAAACUUUACAAAUGUAGUAAAUGUGGUAAGACCUUCAGGCACAAGACACAAUUUACUCUGCAUCAGAGUAUUCAUAAUGGAAAGAUUCUUUAUGAAUGUAAGGAGUGUGGAAAGGUUUUUAUCUACAACUCAGAAUAUGUUCUACAUCAGAGAAUUCAUACUGGAGAGAAACCUUAUGAAUGUAGUGAAUGUGGCAAGGCCUUCAAUAGGAAGUCACAUCUUAAUGAACAUCAGAGAAUUCAUACAGGAGAGAAACUUUAUGAAUGUAGUGAAUGUGGCAAAGCCUUUAAUAGAAAGUCACAUCUUACUGAACAUCAGCGAAUUCAUACUGGAGAGAAUCGUUAUGAAUGUAAAGAAUGUGGAAAGGAUUUUCCUUUAAAGUCAUAUCUUAGAAAACAUCAAAGAAAUCAUAAAAUAGAGAAACUAUAUGAAUGUAUUAUUUGUGGGAAGGCUUUCAAGAAGAACUCGCAUCUUACUGUACAUCAAAGAAUUCAUACUGGAGAGAAACCUUAUCAAUGUAGUGAUUGUGGAAUGGCUUUCAGAAGCAAGGCAAAUAUUACUGUGCAUCAGAGCAUUCAUAAUGGAGAAAAACAUUUUGAAUGUAAGGAGUGUGGAAAAGCUUUCUUUUACAAUUCAGUACUUAUUGUACAUCAAAGAAUUCAUACAGGAGAGAAACCUUAUGAAUGUAAUGUAUGUGGGAAGGCCUUCUGCCAGAAUGCAAAUCUUACCGUGCACCAGAGAAUUCAUAAUGGAGACGUACCUUAUGAAUGUAAUGAAUGCAGGAUGGCUUUCAAGGUUGAGAGACAACUUACUCAGCAUCAGAGAAUGCAUACUGGAGAGAAGCCUUAGGAAUAUAAUUAAUGUGGGAAGGUGUUCAGAAGGAAGGCUUAUCUCACUAUGCAUCAGAGUUUUCUUAUGAAUGAAAAGCAUAUGGGAAGGCUUCCCUCUAAAGUCAUAUCUUAGAUAACUUCAAAGAAAUUACAGGAUUGAGAAAUCUUAUGUAUGUACUUAUAUAUGGGAAAGCCUUCAAUAGGGAGUCAUAUCUUACUGUAUAUCAGAAUUCAUACUGGAGAGAAACCUUUUGAAAGUAGUGAAUGUAGGAAGUAAACAACUGAGAACACAUCUUUAUGUUCAUCACAGAAUUCAUAUGUGAAAGUUUUCUCAUGAAUGUAAAUAGUGGGAAGAAACCACUACAAGGUGAAGAUCCUUAUGAAUGUGGAAAGAUUUUUAGAAGUGAGCCACAACUUACUGUACAUCAGAGCAUUUAUACUUGAAAAAAGUCUUGUGAAUAUGGGAAGGCACAAUUUACUGUGCAUCAAAAAUUUAUACUGGGAAGAUCCUUUAUGAAUAUAAGGAGCAUGAGAGUCUUCCACUACAACUUGGAGCUUAUUAGACAUCACAGAAUUCAUAUGAAUGUACUCUGUAGAUAGGCCUUACUUCUGAAUUUAGAACUUACUCAACAUUAGAACAUUGAUCCUGGAGAAAGACCUUAUGAAUGUAAUGAAUGUGGAAGACCUCAAGACUGAAGACAUAGUUUUCUCAGCAUCAAAUAAUCUAUUCUGUAUAGAAUCUUUAUGGAUUAUACAAUGUAUGUGGGAAGGCAUUUUGAGUGAGGACACUAUUCUGGUGUUCAUCAGAGUUCAUCCUUUGCAGAAUUUUUCUGAAUAUAAGGAGUGUGGGAGGGACCCUUAACUGUCUAGACUGAUUCUCAGUCCUUCUUUCUAAGUCUAGAGUGCUUAUUUAGUCCCUGUGAAGGAAGAUGUUCUCUUCUGUAGAACCAUCUAAAGGAAGAAAGAUUGUAUCCUCCCAUUGGCCUUUCACUAUGAAGAGGAUGUGGUAGGUGAGAUGGAGGAUUUUGAGUAGAUAGUGGUAUUGGAAUAGCUUUGGUAUUAACUUUGAUCCCUGAGUAGGUAGGUAGCAUGCAGGAGUCAUAUGGUUGACCUCUUGGCUGUCAGAUGAGCAUGAUGUGUGAUAAUUUGUCUGUUUAUCUAUUGGCCUGCAACCUGGGCAGAGUAGCCAACACUGCUGUAGAUUCCUCUCCAUAGAUUCUCUAGCACACUGCAUUGCCUUGCAUGCCUUGGCAUCUGUGCUCAGCCUGCUUGCGCUUGGCCCACCUCCCUCUGUGUCUGAUUGAAAUAGACCUUUUCUGGCAAUCUUUGAAAUUAUCUUCUGCUGGUAAUUUGUUAGUUACACUCCUGAUAUUCAUGGUUUCUGCCAAUCCGGAACUAAUUCAGAGGCUGGAUUUGGUAAUUAGUGUGAGGAUAGUGGGAGAAGGUCAGAAAGAAACAUGUGCUAUCUUGGCUCUACCCCCCCUUGAUGUGUUAAUAAUAUUUGUUGGCUGUGCUUGAGGAAGGUACCACAAUCUGAGUUGCAUUCCUGAUGUUGCUGGUACUGUUUCUGCUCAUAUUCAUAGGAUAACCACUGACUCAUGCAGAUUUGGAAUCACAUUAAUUUUUCAAAAGCCUACUAAUGGUCUAUUGCAGAUGUUGACAUGACUUCUGCCCAAUGUUCUGAAUGUCAAAGUAAAGGAAUUCAGUGAAAUGCUGGUAAACGGCAAGAAUAACUUAUUUUUUAAGAUAGCUACAGGCUUUGUCGCCUAAUUAAAGAAGAAUGGGAUUCUCAUUGUGGUCAAAGGUUAUGAAUAGGGGUUUUCAGAAGAAAUAAAAAAGGAACAGCUAAGUGGCACAAUGGAUAGAGCACCAACCCUGAAGUCAAGAGGACCUGAGCUCAAAUCUGGCCUCAGAC